AUGUGCUUCUUUGAGUUACGUGCAACGUGGAACUGUAUCGCCACCGCCCACUUGCCUCCUGUUCGUCCGGAAUGGUCAGUGCAAAAGUGUGUUGUGUAUGACAUAUGGGGUGUCAUGUGCGCAGUGACACUGCACUUCAUUUGGUCGGAUCGCAACCGAUGCCACUUUGAAGGCCGUCUCCCCACGCCAGCUGUUUCUGCAUUCGCUGUCAUUCUGACAACGUUCAGUGCGCAUGUGCGCUACUGCAUGAGGCGGGUGUAUGUUGACAAAGAAGACACCGUCUCCCUUCAAGCCGUACUCGAACGACUAAAGUGUGCACACAACGUGGGUUCGUGCAUGGAUACGCACAGUGGUUUGUUUCUGAUCCGUAAGAAGCAUGUGGUGUGA